AUGCCUGUUAUUCAGAUUUGGUGUGGAGUUUGUAGGGAUUCCGGUACGAUGCGUAUCUUGGACCUGAAAGGUGGCUAUACAUCCGAUCAACCUCUUUCGUUAGAACAGGUAUAUUUAUACGACACAAUAAAUGACGAAUGGAGCACACAAGAGACUAAUAACAAUUCAUCCAAUACAACGAAUGUGGUGGUUUUAGUUGGUGUAAUAUUAGGUGCUUUAGCUUUUGGCAUUUUACUUUCUGUUGGUGGUUUUCUUUUAUGUAAUAGGAGGAGAAGAAAAACUCAAGUAUAUCAAGUAGCCAUACCAACGCCUAGAGAAACAAAACCCGUUUCUUAA